CGCAAAUUCCCUGUACUUCUAUCCUAUGGCUUCAACUAGGCAAACAACAGCUUAACACGAGGUCUCGUAUCAUUCUUUCUUCGACCCCAUUCACAACGAAACCUCUCCAUUAACGCAGAGAUGUUAGCCUCAUCCUCGUUCCAAUAUCGCACUCCAAUCCUCCAUGCCCAUCUUCUUCCUUCUCCGAGACCCGCUUUUGCCCCGCUCAGACUUCAAUCGAAUUCCAUUUCCCAUUUUCGCAGCCCCCUUUUCCUUAAAUCUCAUCCAUUAUUGGAGACUAAGCCUCUGGAAACUCUUCUCGUUCAGGCCAAGUCUCCUCCUGCUGACCGAUCCAAUGAGUCGAAAUGGGUGCACGAAGGCUUGAUUACUGAGUCCCUUCCCAACGGCAUGUUCCGUGUACGUCUCGAUAAUGAGGAUUUGAUUCUGGGUUAUAUUUCUGGGAAAAUCAGGAAGAAUUUCGUUCGAAUUUUGCCGGGAGAUAGAGUCAAAGUUGAAGUUAGUCGGUAUGACUCGUCUAGAGGUCGCAUAGUUUAUAGAUUGCGUGGGAGCUCUUAGCUUUGCAAAGAUUGCCCAUAAGGUGUUUGUAAAAAGUACUGCUUGGGGGAUUCUGUUUGAACCCAGAUAGAUAGAUUUUGGUGGUUCUAUGUGUUUAUGGGGGAAAUGAUGUGGGUGGACUGAUAAGAGUGGUGAUUGAAUUGGGUGUGUCGAAGAUUGCGGAGGAAAGGAAUUCAUGGAAGAGGAUUUGACGGUGGUGAAGACUGAGGAUGAGGAGAAGUAUAUUUAUCGUAGCCUCUUUAGGUAAUAUGCUCAACUGUAACUUAAAUUAUGAAAAGCUUGAUUUGGUUGUCCUUUGGUUUUUCUUUCCGAACGUUUUGUCUAGAAUCAAGUUCCUCAAUGAUUUUGCACUGUUCAACUUUCUGGGGCAAGAUAAUUUUUGUCCAAAAUUUAUUAUUAGAAUUGGCUGGUUGAUUCGUAGCAUCUAUCUUCCUAUUUUUCUUUUAAUGCAUAUU